UUUAUUCAUCUUCCACGUCAUCGAUCCCCGCCUCGCUAAUCUCACGGUCAAGAUUCACUCUCUUGUUGGAUGAACUUUAUCUCUAAAACUAACCUUACCACGGUCAAACAUAACUCAACCUAACCACCAACCCUAACUCGUCCAACUCGGGGGUGACUCACCUCCAAUAUCUAGACCGAGCCAGCCCCUCACAUGGAAAGAAAGAGAUUUCUAGAGAGAGAAAGCACAGAUAAAAAAAAUUCCAAAUUCUAGGGUUUUAGGAUUUUCCCCCCAGAAAUUUUUCAUCGUCAAGUAGAUUGAUUGCAGAUUUUAAUUCGUACAGUGGAGCAGAAAGGGAUUUUGUUAAAACACAGUAAUGGAUGAGAUCUGGGAGAGGGCCGUGGAGACGGCGUUAGACGGCCAAACCGACGUCGAUUUGGUCCGGACGUUAACCCUCGACGGCGCCGUUAAGUGCGUCCACGGCCGUUUGCCGCCGCCGCCGCUGUUCGAGAAGUUUCGCAACCUGCAGCACCUAUCCAUGGCGAACAUAGGCGCCUCGUCGCUGGAGCAGUUCCCCCGCCUCCCGAAUUUGCAGAAGCUCAUCCUCUCCGACAAUCGGAUCGCCGGAGGACUCGAAUUUCUCGUCGGAGCGGGGCUGGAAUCCCUCCGCGACCUCGAUUUGUCGAACAAUCGGAUUUCGGAUAUAAACGACUUGAGGCCUCUGGCGCAGCUGAGGCUGGUUUCGUUGGAUCUCUACGAGUGCCCCGUCACACGUGUGAAGGACUACCGAUCUCGUGUUUUCGGCUUGAUAAGAUCCUUGAAAUACCUGGAUAAAAUGGAUGCUGAAGAAAACGAGAGGCCGGAAUCUGACGACGAGGAGGAGGAGGAAGAGGACGAAGAAGACGAUCCAGGGAGCGGAGAAAUCGACGGUGAAGAUCGCUCCGUGAGGAUGAACAACGGGCAGCAUCCCGAAGAAGGGGUUGUUGAAGUAGACGAGGACGAAGAGAGCGAUGCCGAUGAGGAAGAAACCGAAACUUCGAGAGGUGUUAACGGCAUAAGCCACGGCAGCAGCUCCCAUAGCCAUUCGAACGGGUUCAGAGUGGAGCCUGUAGUCGAAGAGGAGGAAGACGACGAAAUUGAAGAGGAAGACGAUUCGGUGGAGGAAGUAUUCGAGGAAGAUGAAGGCGAGGAUGAUGACGUGGUAGUGGUUCACGAGAUAGACGACGACGACAGCGAUGAUGACGACGACGAUGAUGAGGAUGAUGAUGUGGACGAAGAUGACGAUGAUGUGGACGAAGAGGAGGAAGAAGUGGAUAAUGAAGAGAGGGAUUCGUUGGAGCCGGAUAGUAGUAGGCGGUUGACCAGUACAGAAGGGGAAAUUGAUGGGCAUGAGCAAGGGGAGGAUGUUGCCGAUGAAGAUGAUGAUGGGGAGACGGGGGAGGAGGAACAGGCGGUCGAGGAAGAUGCGGAGUUUGAGGACGAAGAAGAGGCUGAAGAUGAGGAAGAAGAUGAUUACGGGUCAGGAUACCUGGUUCAACCAGUCGGGCGGGUCGAAAUAGAUGCUGGAGCAAGUGAUGCAGGUGAAGAUGAAGAUCCGGAAAUGGACGAAGAUGUCGAAGACGAAGAAGAAGAAGAUGACCAAGAUGGUGAGUCCAGGAGUUGCCCCCUUCUUCCUCCACUUCCAACAAGAGGAAGAGAGAUGUUGGUGAUGACAGCGCCAAUGGUGAUGACAUCAUCGAUGACGACGACGGCAGCGAUGAUGGCAGCGACGACGACGACGGCGAUGAAGACGAAGACGACGACAACGUUGAGCGGUAUAGAAAAUCCCCUAAGCAAUGAUUCGAAAUAGUUUGGAGGGAAAAUGAAGUUAAUGGUGGAGGAGAUUAAAAAAAAGGAAAAAAGAAUGUUUAAAAAGUGGUUAUGUUAUUUCCCGCUUCUUGAUAGUUGUGGAUUGGUUAGUUUUAGUUCUCUCUACUUAUGAACGAACUGGUUCAACUCGCUUAUGGAACUCAGUUGAAUUGGAGGAACCUUUUUUUCUUUUUUAAUUUAAUUUAAAUUGUUAUGUUUGUUCUUU